AUGACUCACAUUGUACCAUUUUUACUUAUUUUCUUCAACUUCUCUUUUCUACAUACUCUUUCCUUGCCCUUAUUCAAACUUGCCUCGAAUGGCAUCGCCAAUGCGCCGACGCUUGAUCGCUUAAACUCAGGUUUUACGGGCUCCCUUUGCCAGUACCUAACAAGUGUUCAUUUACCUAACCAACACUCAUAUGUGGCCGUGAAGCCGUUCAGCCCCGGCAUCUUUGUUCCCCAGGGCAAUAUCACCCUGCUCCUCUCAACUGGUCACCCCGAGGGUGUAAUCCUCUACCUUACGGAUACCUCUGUCACCCGGCCCUCUGUCGUCGCCGCCAUGUCACCAGGCCUUCCAUCGGUUGCUACCCUGCAUAGUGGAGCUAGACCGGACAAUGACAGAUACCUCGUGAUUGACUUGUAUCAGGGUCACGUCCGCGUUGGCUACAGUCUGGGUAGCCAACCAGGCAGUGAGGGCUAUUCCAGUUCGGUGGUGAGCAAAAGAGAACUCAUGUCUGCGUUGAUCUCAAAAGUUUUUUGUUUGCAACGGAUUAACCUCUAUUUACCUAUAUCCUAUCUUAUUUUUCAUUGUUUGUCCCUUACAAAUACGGUCAGUAUCAUCCUCCGUCAUUGA